UAGAAAACACAUCGGUAGAAAUUUCAAAUUAAGAGAAUAAAUCAAACAAAUUGUAUUUUCAUGUAAUAUGUAACGAAGAAUGUGAAUUACUAAUUUGCUAUUCAAACCAAGCACAAGAAGAAUGAGCGAGCAAGUGAGAAAGCAAGAUAAUAGUUCUCUAGGCGUCAAUUGAAAGGUCCAAUUCCAAUACUCCGAAAUUCUCUCUUUCUCCCUCUGACUGGCCGCUGGCGUCUGCUGUGAUUUCACCGACUGGCGAUCUCUCUAUCUCUCUUUGCUCUGCAAUCUUUUUUAUCUUUCUGCGUCUUUGAUCAGUCUGAAUUCUUGUCUCAAUUAGUUACAACUUGUUAUUUUCUCCAGUCAAGAACGAGCAAGAAUCGUCUGGGUUUUUGUUGCAGUCGCAGGAACAACCAUCUCUAUUUUACCCACUUGGUGUUUCUCUCAGUUGGGUCUGAUUAGAACAGUGUACGGUCGCACGCCCUGGCACGUGAGUGCAUCAGGAACCCUAGAACUUCCGCUUUUGUUUUUAAUUUUUAAGAUAAAAAUUCCUAUUAUUUUAUUAAUAUUAUCAAGAACUGUCUUCCGGGUUUCCAGUAUUUUAGUCAAUCUGAUGUUUGGAAAUUUAGUUUUGGGAGACAUUUAGAACUUAGAUCGGUUCUGCAAGCCUCUUUCUCCCUCUAAGUUGAAAUUUCCUACUUGGGUUUGCUUUCAGGGAUUGAAUUUGGGUUUCAUUUUUGGGCUUUGGUUAUAGCUAGUUUGAAGCAGUUUCUAGUCUUUGGUCAUUCCUGCUGAGAAUCUGUAGUCUGGAGAUUCCAUAUUAGUGGAAUUUGAUAGGAUAACACUCGUUUUAAUUUGACAAGAUGCACAGUUGAGUACUCUUGAAUUAAUCCACUGGUCACAUAAGAUAACCUUGCAGAGGGAAGGAAUGGGGAUAUAUCUCAGUAGUCCCAAAACUGAAAAAUUUUCUGAAGACGGUGAGAAUAGCAAACUUAAAUAUGGCUUGUCUUCCAUGCAAGGGUGGCGCGCAACCAUGGAAGACGCACAUGCAGCAUAUCCAGAUCUAGACAGUACCACAUCAUUCUUUGGUGUUUAUGAUGGGCAUGGAGGUAAAGUGGUUGCUAAGUUCUGUGCAAAAUACCUUCACCAACAGGUGUUGAAGCAUGAAGCAUAUGCAGCUGGAGAUAUAGGCACUUCUGUUCAGAAAGCAUUUUUUAGGAUGGAUGAGAUGAUGCGCGGACAAAGAGGAUGGAGAGAGUUGGCCAUAUUGGGAGAUAAAAUAAACAAGUUUACUGGAAUGAUAGAAGGGUUGAUAUGGUCUCCUAGAGGUGGUGAAGCUAAUAACCACUUUGAUGAUUGGGCCUUUGAAGAAGGGCCUCACUCUGAUUUCUCUGGACCAACUUCUGGAUGCACAGCAUGCGUUGCUAUUAUUCGGAAUAAUCAACUUGUUGUUGCAAAUGCCGGUGAUUCUCGCUGUGUAAUAUCUAGGAAGGGUCAGGCAUACAAUUUAUCAAGAGAUCACAAGCCUGAGCUUGAGGCUGAGAGAGAAAGGAUUUUAAAAGCUGGUGGUUUCAUUCAUGCAGGACGGGUUAAUGGAAGCUUAAACUUAGCAAGAGCAAUAGGAGAUAUGGAAUUUAAACAGAACAAGUUUCUGCCUGCUGAAAAGCAAAUUGUAACUGCUAAUCCUGACAUUAACAUUGUUGAGCUUUGUGAUGAUGAUGAUUUCAUUGUACUAGCAUGUGAUGGCAUCUGGGAUUGCAUGUCAAGCCAACAACUUGUAGAUUUUGUUCAUGAACAGUUAAACUCUGAAAGCAAGCUUUCAACAGUAUGUGAAAGAGUUCUUGACAGAUGUUUGGCGCCAUCAACUGCUGGUGGCGAGGGAUGUGACAACAUGACCAUGAUAUUGGUGCAGUUCAAGAAACCUAGUGAAUCCAAAGCAUCUAUGGAGAGGUCAUCAUCAUCCAAGCUAGCAGAUGUUGAUUCAAAAUCAGCAGAUAAUGAAUCAAAGUAGUAGUUAUGGUCACUCCAUAGAUGAAGUGGGUGGAUCAUAUUAUCUGUACACUGAAUCUUGUGGAUAUGGCAGUUGUCAUUUUCAGAUUUCACACCUGAAACAACUUGGAUUCUCAUAUAGUAUCUGUAUAUUAAUGAUUCAGUAUGAAAUCAAUAGAUUAGCUUUUCUUGAAGGUGUAGGCCUGUGUCUUGUGGAUAUAUGCCGAUUUGACCUGCUUAACUGCCAUUUGUUGGAAUAAAGUGUACAGAUGUUUCUAA